AUGCAUGAGACUGUUGCAAUCUCCCCUGUUCAUGAUGAGGUCAAGAUGGAAGAUCUUCAGGCAUUCUCUAUCUUUCUGGCUAAGAAGCUAGAGCCUCUAGAGCAUUCUCUAGAGUCUUGCAGAGGCCAUCCGAUAGUGAAGGAAUAUAAAAGAGCUGUGGAGCUCGGUCAAUUCCGCCGCUUGCCGGGUUUGCGGGCACAGAUGGACAAGAUUGCCGUGAACAGGUUUCCAGUGCUGGUGGCGACAUGCAUCGGGAGCGGUCAUCAAAUGCUCGACGGUCUUACUUUCGACUCAGUCGUCAUUGACGAGUGCACUCAAGCGACUGAACCAGCGACGUUGGUGCCUCUGACACGGGGUGCCAAACGCUGUGUUCUAUUAGGUGACCACAAGCAACUGUCGGCAACUAUAUGUUCGACAGCUGCAUCGGAGCGAGGCUUGGGAAAGAGUCUGUUCGAGCGUGUUUUGGAGUCUGGUGGCAGACUUCAUUUGCUUGACGUACAACGGAGAAUGCACCCCAGCAUCGCUGAGUUUUCUAAUAUCAAUUUUUACGAAGGCCGACUUCACAGUGAAGUCGGAGAGCGGGCGAAAAUCCCAGGAUUAUACUGGCCUGCGUCCGGCGUCCAGGUGUGUCUGGUGAAUAUUGACGCAUUGAGUGGUGGAGAGACGAGAGUGGGGACGAGCUUCUCCAACCGAGCCGAGGCCAAGGCGGUGAUCGAUGCGAUGGUGGUGGCCGUCAAGGCAGGGGUGGAGCCGGGCGACAUUGGUAUAGUUGUGCCGUACAGCGGACAAAAGACGCAGAAAGAGAGAAUGUUAGAGUCUGAUUAUCGCCUGCCUCGUGAGAGCGUCGAGCGAAUCAGUAUCAAUACGGUGGAUGCUUGCCAGGGAAGCGAGAGAGAGCUUAUUCUCUUCAGCGCAGUCCGAUCCAAUCGGGACGGCGAUAUUGGUUUUACUGGAGAUCCCAGGAGAAUGAACGUGGUGCUCACUAGAGCUAAGCGGAGCUUGGUUGUUUUCGGAGAUGUGAAGACCCUGUCUGCUGAUACCGAAGGGGACUGGGCUCGUUGGGUUCAUUGGGCGAAGAGCACAGGCUGCAUGGUUGAAAUGGCGGAAUACUUGAGGAAUUCAGCUGUAAACGGAGCUAGCGGAUCUGCCGGACCGUGGAGGCGUGGCGCGGUGGAAGCUCGAGGAAGUGCCUACGGUAACAAUUCUCCACCCAAACCUUCCUCAUCUAAGAUGAGUCAUCUCAUUGAACAACCCGACUUCGUCGUCUAA